CACUUUAAUUGAGUCGUUGAGAUGGAAAGAGGUUGAAACUAUUAGCAAAAGCAUGUAAACAGGUUAAAGUAAACAUAGAUAAAAACAAUAAAUUGCAAACUAAAACAAUGGGUCGUUACAGAAAUAACGUUUUCUGUCUCUUUCUUCUUAUUCACCAUAAAACAAAAUCGUGAUAGAGGUCGUGAAGUUGCAAUAAAACACGAGAUGUUUAAUAAAAACAUCACUUCUGAACAGAGAAUUCUUGUCAAUAUCAGGAGACCUAACAAUUUUGUACAAAGUAAGUAUAAUAAAAAUAGUGUCAUGGUGGUAUUAUCUACUCAAAUUCUCAACGUCCGCCUGAUAAAUGGUGAAGCCAUAUUUGUUAAUUUGUCGUUAAAUCUGGGGGUUCCGCAAGGUGUAGUCUUGUAAUACAUAAUAUCGAACGAAUGUGUAAACGACUAAACGGAAUCUUUGAGGGAAAAAAAAGUUCAAGAAACAUGAAUUUAAAAAGCAACCGCUACAAACAGCGUUAACAAUGUAUUGUUGGUUGCCUACACCCCAUAUCGAUUUUAGAAAGUACAGUAAAAUAAGCGACGCCGCAAGCGGGAUCUAUUUCUUUGUAAUCCCUAUGUAAAUUAACAUACAAAACAUGACUUACCAGCCUCAAGCUGCCGAUCCGACGCCAGACGCAGACAAAUUGGCGACAAUGGGGGAAGCCUUCAGAGCCAAACUCAAAGACGACAGAUCUUCCGUGAAUCGUCUCAGAACUGCGCUUUCUCAACGUCAAUACAACGUUCUUAUGUCUAAAGUACUAGUAACAAAAUUAAACAAAUCACACAGAUCAGCACAGGAUCUUCUACUAUUAGAAAAAUACGACGUGACCAACAGCGAACCUAAAAGACUCAUUGUUCCCUCAACGAACCCCACAAAACCGGUAUUUUACGUACACGACGACGAACUUUUCCAGGUUUUUUUAAGUGCACACCUGUCCACUGAUCACGGAAAUCGCGACAAGAUGAUGAAACUCCUCAAAAAACAAUUUAAGAACGUGACAUACAAAGACAUCACAAUUUUUCUAAGUGUGUGCCAGGAAUGUAUCACGAAAAAACAAGAACAACCAACUGAAAUAGACAAAAGAUCUGCUCAAUUCAAUAAUCAGUGUUAUGUUGACUUCAUUGACUAUGAAUUUUCGCCUGAUGGCAGUUUUAAAUAUAUUUUGGUUUACAGAGAAAUGUAUACGAAGUUUUCCAUAUUAAAACCGCUAAAUUCAACCCGGCCGGAAGAAGUCGCUACCAAUUUGAUUAACAUUUUUGGGAUUUUAGGCCCGCCCGCGUUUCUCCAGUCCAGUUGUGGAACCAAAUUCGUUGAAAAACUUAUCGAUAUUUUGAAAAUAUUGUGGCCUAGUUUGGAAAUUGGCAACAUGAAGACGGAAGUCACGGAUUCUUUUGUGCAAGACAUUGAGAGUUUGGUAACGAGUUGGAUGCGAUGUAACAAAAAGUCGAAAUGGAGUGAGGGAAUCCGGUUUGUGCAGCUGAAAUGUAACACUAUUUUUAAUGAAGAAAUUAACAUGACACCGUAUGAGGCGCUAUUUAAGCAUAAGGUCAAAGUGGGUUCUAGUAGAGCGAAGGAUGACGGUGACGAGGAGAACGAAGAAAUGGCAGUUGUGUGUAAAGAGGAGACCAUAAAUGAUGAUGAUAACGAAAACAAUGACAUCGAUGAUGGAGAAAAUGUAGAAAUGAACGAAAUUAUGGAAAUAAGUAAAACGGAACCGAAAACGAUCUGCGGAGACUGUGGGACGGAAUUAAGUGAUGAAGACGUUGAGUGUAACCAUUGUAAAAGUAAAGAAUUGACAUGAUUGCCCUAUUGUUGCAUUUAUAACUAUUGAAAAAAAUAAAUAAAUAAAAGUUUGAUGUC